UCUUAAUCAGUUGUCUGUCAAUCUCUAAAGUAUAAAGACUUCUUUUGGAAGACAAUUGUAUAUUUUAAAAAAUGCUUAAAGCGCAUUUUGGCAAAGUAAAAAAUAAAUUUCAAUAUGCUACAGCUAUCAAUCUUACACACAACAAGGAAUGGUUGUCUGCAAAGCCAUUUGAAAGUCUACCUGGUCCUUCUAAAUUACAAUUGUUAAGGGCAUUUAUGCCGGGAGGUAGAUUUUAUCAGAAAUCCUUUAUAGAAUUUAACCGCCAAUUAAGAACUCAGUAUGGAGACAUAUUUUUGGUACCGGGACUUUUUGGCAAACGUGAUAUUCUUUUCACCUAUAAUCCCAAAGACUAUCAGCAAGUUUUUCGCACAGAAGGUUUAUAUCCUAUACGUCGAGGAUUAGAUAUAAUACAAUAUCAUCAUAAGGAGCUUAGAAAGGAUGUUUUUAAGCAUGCCGUAGGCUUGGUGGCAGAGCAAGGUGAAAACUGGUCCAAAUUUCGCUCUGCCGUCAAUCCAGUCAUGAUGAAUCCUAAGACUAUAACUAUGUAUAUAACAAAAACAGAUCAUGUGGCGAAAGAUUUUAUCUCAUGUAUAAAACGCAUAAGAGAUCCCAAUAGCCAAGAAGUUCCUGAAAAUUUUCAAGAAUAUAUAAAGUAUUGGACCAUGGAUUCCGUGGGUCUAAUUGCUUUAGAUACAGAUCUAAACAUGCUAAAUAAUAGUGAAGCGCAUCCUGCUGCAAAAAUUGUAAUAGAUAAUAUGGAAGAAUUCUUUCAACUACUUCUGAAAUUGGAUAUGCAACCAUCAAUGUGGAAGAUUAUGGCAACACCAAAAUUUAAGAAGAUUAUUAAAAUAUUGGAUUUAAUGAAUGAACUUUCAUUAACAUAUGUUAAUAAAGCUUUGGAAGGAUUACGCAAGGAAGGUAAAAAUAAGCCAGAACAUGAAAAAAGUAUUUUAGAAAGAUUGGCAAGCAAAGAUCCUUUAACAGCCGCGACCAUGGCAAUGGAUAUAUUUAUAGCGGGUGUAGAUACGACAACCUCCGCCUUAACCGCCUGUUUACUAACGUUGGCCACAAAUCCCACACAGCAAACAAAAUUGAGGCAGGAAAUAUUGGCAAUUUUACCAGACAAAAAUUCAGUUUUAAAUCAGGAAAAUAUGAGAAAUCUACCAUAUUUAAGGGCAUGCAUUAAAGAAUCAUUGCGUUUAUAUCCUGUAGCCACGGGUAAUUUCCGCACAACUGGCCAGGAUACUAUAUUGAGUGGUUAUCGUGUUCCAGCAAAUACUGACAUUUCCAUGUCUGCUCAAUUACUUUUAAAAGAUCCCAAAUAUUUUGAACAACCCAACAAGUUCUUGCCAGAACGUUGGCUACGUUCUCAAGGCUUACUUGAAACGGAAAAGGUGUGUGCUGCCAAUAAAGGAGAUCCAUUUGUUUAUUUGCCUUUUGGUUUCGGCCCUCGCAUUUGCAUUGGAAAACGUAUUGUGGACUUAGAGUUGGAAACUGUGUUGGCAAGAUUGUUAAGGAAUUUUGAGAUAAAGUUUGAUUAUCCUACAGAUGACAUGUUUAAAACAAAUAUUAUAAAUAUACCGGCCAAACCGCUUAAGUUUAGGUUUUCCGAUUUGAAUAAUUAUUAAGAUUUUAAAGAAUACUUAAAAAAAGUCUUUCCAUUUUAUAUCACAUGUAAUUUGACCAAAUUAAUAUUCUAUUAGAUUUUUCCUUUAAAAAUUUACCCAAACAUUUAUACAAAUUGGUUAACAUGACAAAACAAUUUGUUUUACUAUAUUUUAGUCCUAAAUCUUCAGCUUUAAAGCACCAAACUCAACAAACUGAGACUCUUUCAUCAUUUUGACAGCAAAAAAUCGAUUUUUGCAACACAAAAUAUAAAAACAUAAAAUGUCUACAAAAGUACAUAAAAUUUGACCUCGACUUUGAGACGUCAAAUAAAAUAAAUAAUCAACAUAAAAAGUACAAGUUCUUGACCUAAAGCAACAUGAAAACACCAACAACAAUAACAACAGCAACUGACAAGUUUAAUAAUAAAAAUACAAAAAUCCAACAACACGACAUAAACAUAAAUAAAAUGGUGUUAAAAAUUACAAAUAUCAGCAUGACACUACAACUUCCGGUAAAGCAAAAAAUGGCAGCAACAACAAAAGAAGAAAAAUAUCGUUAAGCUGAAAAAUUUCGGAAGUGCACUUAACGCACAUAAAAAUAUAAAACCUGUUGGAUUCCUUAUUUAUUUAACUUUUUUAUAAAGAAAAAAGAAAUAAAAAAGAGCUUAAACUUACACAUACACAUGUAUAAAGGAAAGGAAAAAACAUUUAGCCUAAACAAAUUCAAUUUGACAGUUAACUGACACUACAACAACUUCCACUAGACAACAACAACACCAACAUCAGCUUCAGCAGCAGUGGAAGAGCAAAAGUGUUUGUAAGCAUUACAAUACAAAACAUGACAAAAAUAAUCAUAAACUUUUACGACAUUUCAUUCAGUAUUUCUUUUAUUAUUUUGUAUCCUUAAACUUCUGCCAUUGCUUGUCGAGCAAGGCAAGAAAUGGGCGCAGAAAGGACGUAAAAUUAAGCAAAAAUAAAUGUUUACGAUUUUUACGACUUCUAGACACGUG